CAGUGAUUUAACCAAGGCCAGAUUUUGAAAUGUGUUGAUACUGAACAGGCUCAGUUGCAUUAACAGUUUUAUUAUUCAUCAUCAAACACUUGGUGAACUGUCUUCGCAGAAAGGAGAGUGACAGGACGUGUUGAUGUCCAUCACGGGCUUUUAGUGAUUUGGAUACAAGGUAGAAACGAGAACAUGUCAACGCCUCGGGUAUCUGGUUGUAGUCUGCCCUCCCUCCAGGAGGCGGCGCUGCUGUAGUGUAUUUCUGCACCUCAGCGAGCUCCCUGCUACCUCUCUUCGUCACUCAAAGCAGUUUUCUACUCUUCCUAAUCUCCUGCUGAAACUCAUCACAUACCAGUAUGGACUCCUCACUCUUAAAUAACCAUUUUCAUUAUAACAUUUUUCAUAAAAACAGCAUUUUCCUCCGCGAUGUGAGAGAAGAACCAUGCACCGCUUGAGGAAUCCUAACAGGAAGUUCACACACUGAUCUGACUGAACCAUGAAUCCACGACAGUGGGGGGAUGCCCUGCGAGGACUGCAGGAACAUCUGGACCCAAGUGACGAUGAUGUUAGUAACAGCAUGAGAAACACCUCAAGAUCUUACAAUGGCUGUGACACAUACUGCGAAUACUCAAGAUACCCGGCUGAUGAAGCACACAACCGCAGCGGAGUCAACGCGGCUGAAGAAAUGAAUGACAUGGAGCUCGCAAGAAAGUGUGAAGAGCUCCGAGAGAUUCAUCAGAAAAUAAUACUCAAGAAAGCUUCCAUUGCUUUGAAAGCUUUGGAGCCAGGCCUCUCCUCCGAUGCAGACACAAGCAACAGGGAAAGCCUUCGAGACAGAGUCAAUUUCAUUCUGCAGCAGCGGCAAUCUCUCAGCAUUUGGCCAAAGGUCCUGUCACCCAAGAGGAGAAUGAACUCAUCCAAGGAUGAUUUGAUCCUUGAAGAUCAUCCCCUCAAACUGAGAGUGAAGGCCUUAAUGAAGCAGAGAUUCAGUGACCCCCACGUGAUGCCACCAAACACAGAGGUCCCUGAAGUUACACCGCCUCCUCCCAGCCAAAGAGUAACUUCACCAGCCAAGGAGGAGACCAGGGACAUGGGUUUCCAGCGCUUCCUUAGUGUUCUCAACAAAGGGGUGGACAUUGACUUGCUCAGCAGGAUUGUCAAUGAAGAUGGUGAGAAUCUUGCUUUAGGUGAGGAGAUCUUCAACAUUCAGCCCUCUGCUGUGGAGGACAAGUCAGAAAUGGGUGAGAGCCAGGGAUCGCACAGCAGAGACUCGCUGCCGGGAUACAGUGGGACUGACGAUGGAGCGAGAAGGACAAGCUUGCCCAGUAGAGAAAAAUCCCUCAAUAACAGUCCCCCUCUGCGUGGGGACGAAGAGAAAAAGAAGUAUGACAAAGGAGAUGGCUCUUUAUGUUCCGGCAGAGGAUCACAGUCUCCUCCAGCAGUAAAAAAGAAGAAGAAAGAGGAAGAACCGCCAAAGGUGGAUGAGCAGCAUGAGCAGCUGCAGAACAUACUUAAAACUCUGGGGUUGAGCCUGGAAGUGGAGGAGAUGAGCAAACUGGCAGACCGGACUCAGGAGAGGCUAUAUGGAAAGAAGCCUGAAGGCAGGGUUGAUGCUGACAGCCAUGUGGAGCAGGAGAGUCCUCAGAGAGCCUCCGACAGACAUUGCAGGAGCUCAUCAUCAUCCUCUUCAAGGUCGACAGAGGUGAGCUAUAUCCCAAGCCUCUCACGCAAAUAUCCCUCUAACACUUGGUGUACAGAACGAAAGCUAGAGUCUGAAUGCAGUAACUCAGGAGAUGGCAACCAGGACAGCGAGGAAGCUCAGAGGCCCAGAGACAUAGACACAGACGAAGACAGAGGAGAAGACUCUUCUUAUGUUUAUCAGUAUUAUCAAGAACAAGUUUAUUGCAAUGCCCACCCUGCUUCUUUGUCCGAAUUUUCAGAUUACACUUUGCCCCACGGCUCCAGGUACACUGACUAUAAUGGUGCUACCACUAAUUCUUACUCCACAUACACGGAGGGGGUUGUUCCUCCCCCCCUUGAUGUCAGAGGGUAUCCUUAUCCACCGGUUAGAGACCAUUACUUUCCUGAAUCGGUAGUAGCACCAAACAUUGUUAACCCUCUUCAUAAAUGGCAAAGAAGGAGAUCAGCAUUUAAGGACAUUAACUUGCUUGUGAAUCCGGACUUGUCUACAAGUGAAGGCCAGGCUGGAUCAGCUGGCAAACGCUGCCUGCAGGUCAUAAAUACAGUUAGCACAGAAAUGCGUCAAACGUGGAUUCAACCACGUUCAAGCAAAUAUUCAGAAGCUCAAAGAAAGUCAAAAAAUCGCGCUCGAGCCAGAAGAAGGCGGCACAAAAGGAAUUUAAAUGAAAGUAAUUUAAAAACCGCUAAGCCAAAAGAGGGAAAAAGACUGCCCCGCGAGGAGGAGGGAAAAAGACUGCCCCGCGAGGAGGAGGAAGAAAGACUGCCCCGCGAGGAGGAGGAAAAAAGACUGCCCCGCGAGGAGGAGGAAAAAAGACUGCCCCGCGAGGAGGAGGAAAAAAGACUGCCCCGCGAGGAGGAGGGAAAAAGACUGCCCCGCGAGGAGGAGGAAAAAAGACUUCCACCGGAAGAGGAGGAAAAAAGACUGACAUCGGAGGAGGAAAUAAAGGUGAACCUGAGGAAAAAGCUUGAAGCAUUUAACCAGAAGGUGAGGCGACAAGUCACACAGCCAGCCAUCUCCCGAACCCCUCACAAUGAAUCAGUGGAUUAUCAAGACCUUAUAUGAAUGUACCUUGUGUGAUGACAGACCACAUGGACCUCACAUUUAACACUCGUCAUUUACACAUACGUUUUUUUGUGUCAUGGGGAUUUGUCAUAUUUACAGAUUUACGCUGAAUCCUUCUCCAUUAAGUGAAAUACAUUUGAUCCGAAUGUGAAUGUCAGGUAUGUUUUUCCGUUGGAAGAAUCGGUCACCAUUUGCCUCAUCUGGAGGAUUUGGCUGCACCCCUGUUUACCCCUGAAGCUCCGAAUAUGUUUGGUGGACUCCUAAUCCUCACCCACCCCUCCAUCGACAUAGUGGUGAAUAGACAAUGAACGCAGUUUCGUUUUUGGAUUAACUAUCCCUUAACUCUAUUAUUUUUGUACACAUGCAUUCACUCAAUAAUUGCUGUUCACACACUGAGUACAGUGUACAGUAAUGAAAAUGUGAAAGCUUUUUUUUUUUACAAUAGACUAGACCUGCUUUCUUUUCUGUGGUCAAAAGCGAUCUUGAAUUGUCAUUUUUUACUGUAUAUUUUUUUUGAAUAAUCAUCCUAGAGGAUCCCAGUGACUUUGUGACCCUACAUUUAUUCUAGCGCUGUCAAUAUGUCGGAAUUUCCUUAUGUCUGAGACUUAAUUUCUCAUGAUAGAUCAAAAAGGAAUUUGUUGUUUUGGUGAGGCUCUAGCAUAAUGCUAUAAAUACUGAGAUGCUAAACAUUAAACCUGCUAUAACUAUGAUUAUAUUUGUAGCUAUGUUGUGGGCAGCUAGCCUGACGUUGUCAAACUCACAAUUCUAUUCAGAAUGUGAGUCUGAUACCGCACCAUUGGGCUGUGAUUAUGGGGCGUGUUUCAACCGAACCAGGAAAAAAAAGCCUCUUGUCUCAAUUGGAUAGACCUACAACCAAUCAGAGCAACGUAGUAUGUGACGUAUGUUAAGCGACUCAUUGUGAGUUAUUUACUAACGCCGGGUUCACACCGGACGCUGAAGCGACGCCAAAGCGAUGCUUAGCGCAGAGUCAAGCCUUAAAUAACAGCUGGCUCCCAUCCACCCCCAUGUUAAACCUUUGUGCUGGUCACACCGGAGGCUGAAGCGCCGCGCUGCGCCAAGGCUGCCCAGCGCCGUGCAGUGAUCGUUUCUGUGUCGAGUCUAUUUUUUGCGCUUGACGCGAGUGUAUCGCGCCAGGAAACACACUGAAAAAUGAUUUUAAACGAUAUUGAUGACAUAUUUGAUAUGAUAUAAAUGAUCAAAUAUGCAUCCCAUACUUUGAUUUCCCCUUCUGUUGUCCUGGAGUUUUAAUUUUACCAAUGACAUUAUUAAAUGUCCCCCUCUGCCCAUCCACUACAGCCACACAAGCAGUGAUAAAAAUAAUAAGAGAGAGAGGGGGUCGGGCUACGUAUUCUCCACAUAGGCUUGAGUGGAGAAUACGUAAUUUACCCUCGACACCCGACAUUUAACGAAGCGGAGAAGUUCAUGGAUGACAUUAAAUUAAUAAUUGAAGUUGAAGUUGAUCCUUGGAACAUGUUGUAUAAAGACAACACCAAGAAAGACAAAUGUUGGGACACUGUUGCUUAAUGUUGGAGCAACAAGUAAGUAUAUGCUUGAAUACUACUGGAUCAACGCGUGAUAUUAUUAGCGCUGCCCGGCGGUUCAGCGUUGCUUCAGUGUCCGGUCGGGGCGAUAGGGAUUAGCGCGGCGCUUCGGCAUCGCCUCCGCGUUCUCUGUUCCUCUUUCAAAAUGAAUGCGCUGUCGAUGUCUUCUAAAACAGACUCAAUGGCAGCAUCUACACAUCUCAGCUCUCCAGCGCCAGGCAGGUUUGUUGAAAACGAAUUCAACCCAAGCGCACUUUGAUGACGUGGUUGAUUACGUUACCGUUGAUCAUCUGUCCUUCAUCGUAUAAAGCCCGCCCUGACAAUGUGAUUGGUCCGGUCACUUUCGAACCAGGCAUAAUUUCUCCCCAACGGAGCGACUCCAGACCGAACUUCCCGACCUCAAAUGUUGUGGGCGGGGCUAAGUUGUCUGGCAUCCAGGCUAGUGGACAGCAGAAACAUGUGUACUCAAUACUGACAUGACAUCAUCAUGGAAGUUGCUGCACUGAACCGGACUAGUUGGACGGUCUGGCCCCAAAAGCUGUUGAAUUCACUCCCAGCCUGUGCGGAGAUGUGUUUGUUCAGCCAGCAGAAGAGGUCUGAUGCUGUUCUACAGCUGGUGAAGAGGCUUUGGCUUCGGUGGCAGAGGCUGUUCACACAGUUUGCAAAUUUUCACAUGUAUCAUACAGACCAAUAAUUCAUUUCAUUCAGAGUUGUGUUUCUCAACACCUGGUAAUUUUAUGUCCAAUAUUUGCCUUUAUUUUUAUGUUUUCCGUGCUAAUUUAGCAUUGAGCUCAAAUAGAGCUUUGGCAGACAAAGGACAGGUGAGGAAGAAAUAGAGCUCACUGGUACUAAGUGAGCAAUGUUUAACAAUAAAGAACUCAACCGUUCACAUUUUAAUUGUUGAAUGGUCAGAGUGCAUAUAAAUCACCAUUAAAAAAACUGUUUUAAUUUGAACACACAAACGUCAUAAAUAAAUGAUCUUUGACCACUGUCA